CAAUUAUGAAAAAAACAAAAAAAAUAAAAAAUAAAAAAUUGAAGUCAAUCGGUCUAUGAAAGACAAGUUGUGGAAAGUUGGAAAAAUUUUGGCGCGUUUCUUCCCUAACCCCAUCUUAGACGGCAAUGACUUUGACAUAGUUGACUGCUAUAGCUCUUCAUCUUCCUAUUAAGCUCUAUGGACAACAGGACACUGGUAGAUUUUAAAUCGAAAACAAAAUCUCAAACUGCUUUCCCUAUACUUAAUUUCCAUAUAAAACCAAGCUUCAUCGACAAUUCAACAACAAAAUGCUGAACCUCUCUUCUUGGAGUCCAAACUACAAAAUGCAUAGCAGAUGUACAAGCAGAGAAGAUGAAGAAUUCGAUUUCUGCAUCGCACGCGAAUCCAUUUGUAUAGAAAAUUUUAGCGAUCAUAUAAGCAGCGGCGGCGGUGGUGAGUUAGAGUGUCAAGCGCAAGACAGCUUUGGUGCUUACUCAUCACCAUUCCAGGAGUCCAACAAUAUGACAAAUAUCACUGAUUCUUCUCCUUUGCUUCCUUACAACCAUCACUACUGUAAUCUUUCCCCUGCAUCGGCAAGACGAGGAUUAAUCUUGGAAAGUAGAAGGGAACUUAUGGAAAUGAUUCAUAACAUGCCCGAAUCUUGUUACGAACUAUCUCUUAAAGAUAUUGUUGAUCAGCAGCAUGGCCUGCAGGAGGAUGCUGCAAAAGAGAGCGUCAUCGAAGAUCGAAGUUUUCAUUUUGACACCGAAGCUCAAAUUAGGAAGCAAAAGAGAAAGAAAAAGAGCUUCAAGACCGGUCAGCUAUCGAGGAUUGAAAGUAUGGAAGAUAAAACUUUCCUAAUAAAGAUGUUCUUCCCAAUAACUCCUCUAAGUUCAAACAAGAAAGGAAAACAAUUGAGUCGAUCGAAAGUUACUUCGCGUUCAUCACCUAAACGAGCUGAUCAAAACCAUAAGAAUAAAAAAAUAUGGACAUUGAGAUUCAUUAUUGCAUGGUUGAAUAAAAGCAUCUUCAGGAAAAGCGUUAGCAAAAGCAACAAUAGCACAAGAAGGUGUGCUGACACCAAUUUGGUACCUGGUUGUUGGUCUUUCUUGGGCUGCAAGAAUAAAAGCAGAGCUGAAUGAAACAGAGGAUGCAUUUUCUGAAUGGCAAAGCUAUGUAAGUCAGGAGCUAGGAGCUACUUUCAGCAAUCAAAAUUAGUGAAAUCCAUUAGCUAAAGAAAUUACUAGUGCAAACCAAAUUUUUAGUUUGUAAAGAUUAAAGAAACACUAAUUUCCGUUCAAAACUUCCCUAGAGCUCCUAAAAGAAAACGAAGAAAAAACAGACCAUAAAAAGCGAGAGAAGGCAAAACAUGAGGUUCAAUUACAAUAAACAUGCCUAAAUUUUGUGAUUUUCACAGAAUUAUUUCUGGUAUUCCUUAAUUUCAUGCGAGUAAUCAAAGCCAAGUAUGUAAAUUUAUUUCUUCCCAUUAGCAAACUGUACAUAUAUAUAUUUGAGGGCAUUAUUAUGUUUUAAUAUUUUUAUGAAGGUAGCCCUAUUCCUACAGCACAUGUAUAACAUGUAUAAUUCCAACAGAAAGCAAAUUGACAGAGACUAAGUUAAUCUGUACUCAUUUUAAAAUAAUAAUAAUAAUAACAAUUCCUAGCUA